GGAAUCAUAAGAGAUCAAUGAAAAAACGAGUGAAAGAGAAAGAUGACAAGAAGAAAAAAAAGCUUAAAACUAUUAAAACAGAGGUGGAAGAUUACCCUGACAUGCCUGAUGAAGCUGACAUUAUGCCUGCCGUUCUGCCUCCUGAGACACCUCAAGUAACUUUGACUGCUGUGAAGGAAGAACCAUUAGAAGAUGUGAAACCUCCACUUCCAUUUAAUGAAAUCUCAGCAUGUUUUUUCUGUCUUCUCCUGGAUAUUCUUACAAUGGAAGGGCCCUGUAGCCUCCCACUGCUUGAAGAUAAGGUAUCUGAUUGGCAGUCCUUACCAGCUAGUACAUUAAAUAGCUGGUUCUCAGUAGCUCCAAAUUGGUGUGAUUUGGUGCACCCUGCUCUCAUCUACUUGAGUGGGGAGUGCAAAGUUGCUUCUUCCAGUUUUACUCCAUUUGUUGAGUUUAGAGAGAAAACUCAGCAAUGGAAGUGCGUUGUGUCCUCUAGUGACUCUGAGAAAGAACUAGUGGCUCAUUUUCACCUCUGGCUGGAAACAAAGGAUCAGAUAUAUAGCAAGGUUUGGAUUAUUUCUUACUUUAUCUGUGUGUAGUUUUGUGCAGCUUGC